AAGUGUAUGUUGUCUAGUCAGGAAAUAAUGAAGUACUAUUCAUUUUUUUUGACAAUUUUUCUCUUUGCUACUACAUUAUGUUCCACUAUUCCUAAACCAAAAGACAGAUCCAUUGACAAGAAAUUGAGUGAUUUAGAUCAUGAGACCAAUGGCAUUCACAAUCCCGAUUACGACCAUGAAGCAAUCUUGGGAAAAGACGAUGCCAAAGAUUUUGACCAACUUUCACCAGAACAAAGCAAAGAGAAAUUAGGAAAAAUUGUUGACAAAAUGGAUAAAGAUCACGAUGGUUAUGUUACCGAAGAGGAACUGAAAAAUUGGAUUAAAUACGUCCAGGAUAAAUACAUCAUCAAUGAUUCAAAUGAACGCUGGAAAGAUUAUGAAUUUCUGGACACUGAUAAACUGGACUGGGAAACAUUUAAAAAGAAAACCUAUGGAUUCACAGAAGAAGAUAUUAAACCAACCGAUGAGAAAGCUGUCUACAAAGAAAUGAUCACUCGUGAUAAGAGGCGGUGGGCCUACGCUGACUUGGAUAAAGACAACCACUUAACUAAAACUGAAUUCAUGCAUUUCCUCCAUCCAGAAGAAGCUGACCACAUGAGAGACAUUGUUGUUUUGGAAACUCUCGAAGACAUAGACAAAGAUAAAGAUGGAAAAGUCAGUCUUGAAGAAUACAUAACUGAUAUAUACGGAAAUGAAGAUGAAGAUGAUGAGGAUGAAGAUGACCCAGAUUGGGUCAACGAGGAAAAGGAGCAGUUCCACAAUUUCCGUGAUAAAAACAAAGACGGCUUCUUGGACAAAGCCGAGGUGACAGAAUGGUUGAUUCCCGAGGAGUUUAAUCACCUUGAUACUGAAGUAUCUCACCUUGUGAGGACGUCUGAUGUGGAUCAGGACGGUAAAUUAUCCAAAAAUGAGAUCCUGGACAAAUACGAUCUCUUUGUUGGCAGCCAAGCUACGGAUUUUGGUGAAGCUUUGAAGUCUCAUGAUGAGUUUUAAGCAGAAUCUCUCAAUUAGAAUCAUGUGUGAGAAGAAAGAGGAGGAGGAGGAGAAGAGAAAAAUCAAAUCAAAAAAAGAGAGAACCUCUAAGUCAUCAAUAUUUGUAUUU